CUAUCCCCACAAGGCCACAAGAGAGACGCCUCGGUUCUCGUGCAUAGCUAUCUCUCUCUAUAACACAUAUCUCUUCUAUAUUAAUGUCUUACACUCUUUCGCAUUACAUUUCAGUGUCUAAUUUUCCAGUCAGUCUAAGUUAAAUCUUCAAUCAGUUCUUGGGAAAACUAAAAAAACUUUAGCAGUAGGCUAGCGCUGUUUCCCAAAGAAAAAAAAAAGUGUUUCACAUUCACCGACGGUAAUGGAUAUGGAUUCUUCUUCUGAGAACUGGCUUGGCUUCUCACUUUCCAAUAUCCACACCAACAACAACAGCAGCAACAACUUGCCUUCUACUAAUUCUUCAGAACUUUGCCUCUUCCAAGCUUUCAACUCCAACCCUAAUAGUGGGGUGGUGAGGCAAACAGAAACUGUAAAAGGUGGUGAUGGUCCGCCAAAGCUUGAGAAUUUCUUGGGUGGAUCUUCUUCUGGCAGUAAUAAUGAAGUGUGCUUGUUCAGUACACCCUCAGCAACUACUACUAAUACUGCUAGUUGUGAAUACGGAUCAGAGCUGAAGAGCAUAGCUGCUAGUUUUCUACGUACAUUUUCUGCUGAUCACAAUGAUGCUAACAAGCUGUUGGCUGUUGUACCGGAGACUCCAACUAAGAAGGCGGUUGAGACCUUCGGACAACGCACCUCUAUUUAUAGAGGUGUUACUAGACAUAGAUGGACAGGAAGAUUUGAAGCUCAUUUGUGGGAUAAUAGUUGUAGAAGAGAAGGACAAAGUAGAAAAGGGAGGCAAGUUUACUUAGGUGGUUAUGAUAAAGAAGAGAAAGCAGCUAGAGCUUAUGAUCUAGCUGCCCUCAAGUAUUGGGGUCCGACCACCACCACUAACUUUCCGGUAUCCAACUAUGAGAAGGAACUUGAAGAAAUGAAGAGCAUGACAAGGCAGGAAUAUGUUGCUUCUCUUAGAAGGAAAAGUAGUGGAUUUUCAAGAGGGGCUUCCAUUUACAGAGGUGUCACCAGACACCACCAACAUGGUAGAUGGCAAGCAAGAAUCGGAAGAGUGGCAGGAAACAAAGAUCUCUAUCUUGGAACUUUUAGCACCCAAGAGGAAGCAGCAGAGGCAUAUGAUAUCGCUGCAAUAAAAUUCAGAGGACUAAAUGCAGUGACUAAUUUUGACAUUAGUCGUUACGACGUUAAAAGUAUUGCUAGUAGCAAUCUCCCUGUUGGAGGGAUGAACAACAAAUCAAAAACCUCAUCAGAGUCUGCAUCCGAAAGUAGUAAAAACGUCGAAGGAAACCGAGCAGACGAUCGCGAUCGUGAUAUUUCCUCUGCUCCUAAUUUCCCCUCACAAACUCCAACUAUGGUAAACUUAGGUUUCGGUUUGCCUAACAAGCAAGGCGCCUCCGACUUAUGGUCAAUCCUUAGAUACACCAAUGAUCAAAACAACACUUGCAAAAAUGUUAGUCCAAAUGCUACGUUCUUUCAGGGUUCGACCGGUGGUACAACUAUGCAUGCACAGGGUACAACACUCUUCAGAAUGGAACCCCCUGCGUCUAACGCCUCUCUAAAUGAAGUCAACAACAGUAAUGUCGUGUUCAAUGAAGAAGGGUACUAUCAGCAGCUACAAAGUGGUGUUUCUAGCACAAUGACUUCAGUUAAUCCUAGUGAAAUAAGUAUGGCUAUAAAUAGCAAUAUUGCUACUACUACUCCUCUUGAUGGCUCAAGUUUUGGUAAUUGGGUUCCACCUUCUCUUCAUUCAUUCCAGUCUACGACAAAGAAUAACCUAGCACCAUUUCAGACCCCAAUUUUUGGCAUAGAAUAAUGGGAAUUUGGAGGGAAAUUAAAGGACAAGAGAAGAAAUGAAGUGGUGUUUACCUUUUUGUGUUUUGAAUGGUUUUUGUCUCUUACCAGAGAAGUGGGUUGGUCAAAAAAUUAAAGUGGCUACUGGUGAAAUAUGCUUUUUGCAUUGGCAAGAAAAAUAGGACGUACAAUCAUUUCAUAGCAACUAAAAGCAGAGAUGGCAGGGUACUAACUUGAAUCUUUUUUUGUUUAGUCGCUCUUUAGUUCUUUACCUUGUAUUUUGCUCUUUGCUUGUUUCACUGGCAUGAUUUAUCUAGUUAUCUAUAACUAGAAAAUCCCUUUUGUUUUGUACAUUCUCAUCGAAUACCGAUUUCAUUUCAAUCAAAAAUAAUUCCCUCA